CCUCCGGAGUUCCUAGGGCCUUCAGCUGCCAAGGAGUUGGUGGUAGCCUUCCCCUUCCCCAUCCCCCUCCACACCGAAGUCCUUUAUUCACAUCCUUCUUUAGCAGGUACUAUGAAAAAGUGAAUGCUUAGAAAGCUGAGGGGGGGACAGCAGACAACAGAGAGGAUAUCUGGGACCGGGGGGUACCAGCAGAUUUAUCUGACUGUUCGGGCUGCUUUCGCUGCUGACGUCAGCUCUACGCCCGCAACCAAGUCCCAGGCCUCUCAAGCCUUGCCUCCCACCCACCUUUUCGGAUGGUAAACUACUAUGAGGUGCUCGGCGUGCAGUCGAGCGCCUCUCAGGAGGACAUAAAGAAAGCGUAUCGUAAGCUUGCCUUACGUUGGCACCCAGACAAGAACCCAGACAAUAAGGAAGAGGCAGAGAAAAAGUUCAAGCAGGUGUCUGAGGCCUACGAGGUUCUCUCUGACUCCAAGAAGCGGUCAGUGUAUGACAGGUCAGGGUCAGAUGUCUGGCGGGCUGGUGGCGGCGGGGCAGGAGCCACCUACAACAGCCCCUUCAGCUCUGGCUACACCUUCCGCAAUCCCGAAGACAUCUUUAAGGAGUUUUUUGGCGGUAUGGAUCCAUUGUCUUUUGACUUCUGGGACAACCCCUUCAGCAGUGACCGGGAUCGGGACAGCAGCAGAGGCCGGGGUUUGCGGGGAGCCUUUUCUGCUGGCUUUGGGGAAUUCCCCGCCUUCAUGGAGGCCUUCUCCUCCUUUGACUCCUUAGGCCACGGAGGCAGGGCCACCUUUUCCUCCACGUCCUUUGGGGGCUCAGGUUCAGCUAGCUCUGGCUACAAGUCGGUGAUGUCGUCCACAGAGAUGGUCAAUGGGCGCAAGAUCACCACCAAGCGGAUUGUGGAGAAUGGGCAGGAGCGAGUGGAGAUUGAGGAGGACGGGCAGCUGAAGUCAGUGACUAUCAAUGGGAAGGAACAGCUCAAAUGGGUGGACAACAAGUGAGAGCCAGGCAUUUCCCCUCUCUGCCCUUGCCCUGCUGGGAAUCUUGGCCGAUCACAGAUGGGCUUCUGGCUUGAUGUCCUCAAGUCUAGGCUACUAAUAAAUGCCAGAAGUGAGUUCAUAGAAA